AUGAGAUAUUUUAAAGUUUGCAAAACUGAACUUAGCAGACGUUCACUCGCAGGGUUGCGCAGAAAGCAGAAAGCGUGAGAUAAAGGAUCAAAAAAUUAUGGAAAGAAUUCACAAAUAUCCGUUAACACAAUGACUAAUCUUUCACAAAUAUAUGUUAAGUUUCGACCAUUCUGCACUUUACCUUGUCAUAUUGGUUCAAUCAACUCUUUUCAAUUUCGGUCCCAGUAUUUAAACUUUAGGUUAUCUCUUCAUAGGUUGUACUGUGAUGGCAGGGAUAAAAUUGUAGACAGUCAACAUAGUCAAGGUGAAACACCAUUUAGUGAUAUACCUGUCAGUCACAUUCGUAACUUUUGUAUCAUAGCUCAUGUCGAUCAUGGCAAAAGUACACUUGCUGAUCGCUUACUUGAAUUCACUGGAGCUUGGAGCCCUUCCGAACACAAGGGUCAACAAGGAGCAGGAAAAACACAGCAAGUUCUUGACAAACUUCAGGUAGAACAAGAGCGUGGCAUUACAGUCAAAGCUCAAACUGCAUCUAUUAGGUAUACUUAUGAUGGUGAUGAGUUUCUUCUUAAUUUAAUUGAUACCCCAGGCCAUGUUGAUUUUUCAAAUGAAGUUUCACGGUCUCUGGCUGUUUGUCAGGGUGUUAUAUUGCUUGUUGAUGCCAAUGAGGGUGUUCAGGCUCAAACAGUUGCGAAUUUUUAUAUGGCUUUUACAAGGGAGUUGGUUGUUAUCCCAGUUUUGAAUAAAUGUGAUCUUAAAAAUGCUGAUCCGGAAUGGGCUGCAUCUCAGUUGCAACAACUCUUUGACAUUGAUACAUCAACUGUUUUGAAGAUAUCAGCAAAGACUGGAAUGGGCGUUGAUGAUGUUUUGAGAUCUAUUGUUGAACGAAUACCCCCUCCUGAUGUAGAUCGAGGUGCUGCACUCCGUGCUCUGGUCUUUGAUGGGUGGUUUGAGCGUUACAGAGGAUUUCUUACAAUGUUGUAUGUAGUAGAUGGAUCUAUCAAAGUAAAUGAUGAGAUUGUUUUUACUUCUGAAAACAGUGAUAGUGAUGGUAAAGUUAAAAAGAAGUAUAUUGUGAAAGGUCUGGGUGUCUUGCAACCUCAUGAGGAAAGUACUGGUGUAUUGGAAGCUGGCCAAGUUGGGUAUAUGUUUUGUAACAUCCGCUCUGCUGGUGAAGCUCAACUAGGCUCAACAGCUCAUAAAAGUAAGGAUUUGAUCACACCACUUAGUGCAUUUCCUCCUGCUCAGCCCAUGGUGUAUGCUGGAUUGUAUCCGAUUGAUCAGUCUCAAUUCCAAAACUUACGGAUAGCUUUAGAAAAACUACUUAUCAAUGAUUCUGGUGUUACAAUGGAGAUGGAAACAAGUGCUGCUCUUGGCGCUGGUUUUCGUUUAGGAUUUCUAGGGCUCCUUCACAUGGAGGUUUUCAGCCAGCGAUUGGCGCAGGAAUUUGGAACAGACACUAUUGCUACCACUCCUAGUGUAAGAUAUAAAAUGACUAUCUUUGGAGAAAAGGCCAUAAGAAAACAUGGUGGGGAAAAUAUUAUUGUGUCCAAUGCUGCUGAAAUGCCAGAUCUUAUUCACAUAAAGGAAAUGCUUGAACCGCUUGUUUGUGCAACCAUCAUAACUCCAGAUACUUACAUUGGCCCCAUUGUAAAGCUGUGCAUGGAACGCAGGGGGAAAGAAGUGUCAGCACCAGCAGCUAUAGAUUCCAAAAGAGUAAUGAUGAAAUAUAUUUUACCUUUAAAUGAGAUAGUUAUGGAUUUCCAUGACACUCUCAAGUCUUUAUCAUCAGGUUAUGCCAGUUUUGACUACGAAGAACAUGAUUAUGCUCCAUCAAAUUUAGCUAAGCUGGACUUUAUGUUAAAUGGAAUUGAAGUGCGGGAAUUAAGCAUCAUAGUACAUGAAAGUAAGGUCAGGGAGGAAGGCAGACGAUUAGUUGAUAAGCUAUGUGAAUUAAUUCCAAGAGAACAAUUUGGGAUUGUUGUCCAAGCAUCAACUCGUGGGAAAAUUAUAGCUCGAGGAAACAUCAAACCAUACAGAAAAGAUGUAACUGCAAAAUUGUAUGGCGGUGAUAUAACACGUAGGAAUAAAUUGCUGGCAAGGCAAAAAGAAGGAAAAGAGAGGUUAAAAAUGGUUGCUAAUAUUGGUUUACCAAGAGAUACAUUUAUCAAACUAUUGAAAAAG